UUGGACUUGAUGAUGUUGAGGGUCUAUUCCAACCAAUAUGAUUCUGUGACAAGGAGCUGCUGAGCAGCCAGUCUCUCCACUUGAAUUGAGCUUGAGCUGUGUCCCAGCACAGGGCCAGGUGCUUUUGGAGCAUAUGUCCUGCUUCAGCCCGUGCCUUGUGCUUGCGAGGGGAGGACUACCUGGGUCAUAUGUGUUCACACUGCUUUGGCUGCAGUCCUGUGGUGUAUCAGAAUGAUGGUCGUGUCCUUAAUAAUUCGUGACUGUCCCCAACCAGAGCAACUUGCUGUGGCCUGGAGGGACUGUCCAGGACAAUUCCAGGACAGGUAUUUCCCACAGCACUGGAUUUACCUGCUGCCUCCAAACAAACUCCUCAUCUGGUGAAGUAAUUCACAUGAGGGGGGAAAAACAGAUGUUUCUGCUGUGUGGAAGCAAGGUACAGUGUCCUGGUAGGCUCCAGAUCUGCAAACAUCAGUCAACUCCCUUAACCACUUCUAUUCAAACACUUCCUGAUGGUGCUGCUGGCCAUCUGUGCUUCCAGGGGUUGAUGAGUCUCUUGGCUCAUCCCUGUCUUAGGUCAAGGCUAUGUCUGAUUUGAGGUACUGUAGGUCUUUUUUCUUUUCUUCUGUAACUUUGCAGAUAUCUGCAUUUUCUGAGCCUUUCUCACAUGGUCAGACUGGUGUGGUCCAAUCACUGACCCUGCAUGGUGAUGUGCACCCAUCAGCCCGUAACCAGGACUGUGGGAUGAAUGAGAGAUCUCGCGUGCUCUCUGGUGAACUACAGGAUAAACUGAAGGCUGAACACUGAACACUUAGCUGCAAAUCAGGAUGUAUCUUCAGUCAGGUAAAAUAAGGGACGCUGCAAAGUCAGGGCUGUGAACAGCCUGCCACGGUGCGCUAAGGUUGCCAGUUGCACCUGAGACAUUCCAGUCCAUCCUGCUGGCGUAGGGUGCUCACCGGGAAGACCCAAGAGCUGUAACUGCAGGACAGCGUGUGCUGGGGCUGCUCAGGAGCUGCUCAGCCUUGGGGCACUCGUGUGCACUUAGCGAAGCACAAAUUCUGGGCUGUGCUACGGGGGGAAUGGCCACAGCCCUUGCUAUUUGAUGUGAACUGAUAAGCAGGUCAGUUUUACUGGGUUGCUCUAAGGUUUGUUGGCCUAAAACAAAAAGUGAAAAGCUAACUGUUUCCCCUCCAGAAAAGAAUUUAAAAGAUGUGGUUUGGUUCAAACAGAAGCGGAUGGUUUUUUUCAAGGAAGCUGUGCUGCUUGUGGAGUAUCUAGCCCCUGACUUCCAGCAGCUCUGCAUCGAUUGUGUGUGUUCCUGGGAGGAUGAGGAUCUGUGCUGGGGAGACCUGGGGCGGAAUGAUGGCAUCUGUCUCUGUGCAAGAGCCAGCUCAUUCCAUGUUUUAAGCUGUGUAUUACUAGUUUAAUAAAGUAGGUUCCUUCAGCAUGCCAUGGAACUUACUCAGCUACUGCUUACAAAACCUCCUUGUUAUCCCAAAGUUCUUUGUGCAAAAAUAGACAGACACCAACCAGUAAAUCCACCUUUAAUUUGUGGGGGUAUGUUGAGCCAUGAGUGCCCUUAUCUGAAUGAAGGGCAGUAAUAAAAGCUCCCUGGCAACACCGGGACUAGAGAGCCUUGCAAGGCAGUGCAGCUCCCUGUGACAGCACCCCGGUGACCUUCACCUCAGCACAGCUCUGUGUCUGCAGGUGCUGUCGGCAGCGUGAAGCAACAGAGAGAACUGCAGCUGCUGUUCCACGGGGAUGUUUGCAAGUAGAUGUGCACCUACAUGUGUGCCCUGUGGCCUUUCUGCACUGCCCUGGGAAGGUUUUGGUAGUAAAGUGUUUCACUGUCCUCAGCCUGUGGGAAGCUGGAGCAGCAUAUCACUGGCCUGGGACUUAUCUAAUCCUUUUCUGGGAUGUCAUAGAAUCAUUUUGGUUGGAAGAGACCCUCAAGAUCACUGAAUCCAACCAUAAACUGACUCUAGCACUAACCCAUGUCCCUAAGAACCCCGUCACUACAUUUGUUCAACCCCUCUGGGGAUGGUGACUCCACCACUGCCCUGGGAAGCCUGUUCCAGUGCCCGACAGCCCUUUCCAUGAUAUCCAAUCUGAAUUUCCCCUGGCGCAACUUGAGGCUGUUUCCUCUCAUCCCGUUGCUUGUUCCUGGGGAGCAGAGCGUGACCCCCCUGGCUCCAGGCUCCUUUCAGGCAGUUCAGAGAUCAGAAGGUCUCCCCUCAGCUCCUGUUCUCCAGCUGAACCCCCCAGGUCCCUCAACCGCUCCCAUCACACUUGUGCUCCAGCCCCUCACCAGUUUUGUCACCUUCCUCUGAACUCUCUCCAGUCUUUCUCUUCCUUUUAGAAAGGCCCAGUAGUCCCAUCCCCGCCGGUGGUGUGUACAUGGACCUGCUGAUGUUGGGCUGUGCCGGCGCUGCUCCGGAUGCCGUGCAACGGUGCAGGGACGGUGCAGCUUGGAACUUGUCCCACAGCUGCUCUCCAUCCUGCUGCCCCAGCUCUCAGGAACAAUGGCUCCCAAGAGGUCAUGCGUUGGUUACAGGAUUGUGAGAAGGAAUAGGACCAAAAACCAGACGUGGUACUGGUAGAAAGGUGUCUUCCAGUCAAGACCUGGAGCCUCCAAGCUGCAGCCACGUUUCCUUCUGCUGCCCCUGCUUCUCUCACUGAGUCUUAACAUCUGUCUCCACUUCUUCUGGGAAGAUACUGGAGAUGUCAGCCUCUUCCUUCUUUCUGUCAACUGAUUGUUGAGCUUCAGCCAUGAGCAGAGACGCUGCCAUGGAGAUUUUUGGUGAGGCUGCACCAUACCUGCGCAAAUCAGAGAAGGAGAGAACAGAAGCCCAGAACCAGCCAUUUGAUGCCAAGACCUGCUGCUUUGUGGCUGAUCCUGAGGUGGAGUACACCAAAGGGAAGAUCAAGGCUGCCCAGGAUGGGAAGAUAACUGUUGAGACAGAGGAUGGCAGAACAGUAACUGUCAAACCUGAUGAUGUAUAUGCCAUGAACCCACCUAAGUUUGACAGAAUUGAGGAUGUAGCCAUGUUGACCCACCUGCACGAACCUGCCGUCCUCUACAACCUCAAGGACCGCUACACUUCCUGGAUGAUCUAUACCUACUCGGGUCUCUUCUGUGUCACCGUCAACCCCUACAAGUGGCUGCCGGUGUACAACCCGGAGGUGGUGUUGGCCUACCGAGGCAAGAAGCGCCAGGAGGUCCCUCCACACAUCUUCUCCAUCUCUGACAACGCCUAUCAGUUCAUGCUGACUGAUCGUGAAAAUCAGUCUAUCCUCAUCACUGGAGAAUCCGGCGCAGGGAAGACUGUGAACACGAAGCGGGUCAUCCAGUACUUUGCCACAAUUGCAGCGAGUGGGGACCUGGCCAAGAAGAAGGGGUCCUGCAUGAAGGGAACGCUCGAGGAUCAAAUCAUAAGCGCUAACCCACUGCUGGAGGCCUUCGGGAAUGCCAAGACCGUGAGAAAUGACAACUCCUCGCGCUUUGGUAAAUUCAUCCGUAUUCAUUUUGGUACCUCUGGAAAACUGGCCUCUGGUGACAUUGAGACCUACUUACUCGAAAAGUCAAGAGUUACUUUCCAGCUGAAGGCUGAGAGAAGCUACCACAUCUUCUACCAGAUCCUCUCCAAUAAGAAGCCUGAACUGCUUGAGAUGCUCCUCAUCACAGCCAACCCGUAUGACUACCCCUUCAUCAGCCAAGGGGAGAUUUCUGUGGCCAGCAUUGAUGACCAGGAGGAGCUUGUUGCCACAGAUGCAGCCAUUGACAUUUUGGGCUUCAGCUCCAAUGAGAGAAUGGGGAUUUACAAACUGACAGGGGCAAUCAUGCACUAUGGGAACAUGAAGUUCAAGCAGAAACCACAUGAGGAGCAGGCAGAGCCAGAUGGCACAGCAGGGGCUGACAAAGCAGCGUACCUGUUGGGCCUGAACUCAGCAGACCUGCUGAAAGCUUUCUGCUAUCCCCGUGUGAAAGUGGGAAACGAAUAUGUCAUCAAGGGCCAAACAGUGGAUCAGGUGCACCAGGCAGUGAAUGCCAUUUCCAAGUCAGUGUAUGAAAAACUCUUCCUGUGGAUGGUGAUGCGCAUCAACCAGCAACUGGAUACAAAACUGUCAAGACAGCACUUUAUUGGGGUCUUAGACAUUGCUGGCUUUGAGAUUUUCGAGUUCAAUAGCCUGGAGCAGCUGUGCAUCAACUUCACCAAUGAGAAGCUGCAACAGUUCUUCAACCACCACAUGUUCGUGCUGGAGCAGGAGGAGUACAAGAAGGAAGGAAUUGAGUGGGAGUUCAUUGACUUUGGGAUGGACCUGGCUGCCUGCAUUGAGCUCAUUGAGAAGCCCUUGGGCAUCUUCUCCAUCCUGGAAGAGGAGUGCAUGUUCCCCAAGGCAACUGACACCUCUUUCAAGAACAAGCUCUAUGACCAACAUCUGGGCAAGUCCAACAACUUCCAGAAGCCCAAACCUGGCAAAGGCAAGGCUGAGGCUCACUUCUCCCUGGUGCACUACGCUGGCACGGUGGACUACAACAUCACUGGCUGGCUGGAGAAGAACAAGGACCCUCUGAAUGAAACUGUUGUGGGGCUGUACCAGAAAUCAUCUAUGAAAAUUUUAUGCAGUCUUUAUGCCACCUUUGCUUCCAUAGAUGAAGCUGAAGUUGGUGGUAUUCAGAAGAAAAGAACUAAGAAAAAAGGCUCUUCCUUCCAAACUGUCUCCGUACUCUUUCGGGAAAAUCUGAAUAAACUGAUGUCCAACUUGAGAACAACUCAUCCUCAUUUUGUACGUUGUAUCAUUCCCAAUGAAACUAAGACCCCAGGUCUGAUGGAUCACAAGCUUGUUCUUCACCAGCUGAGGUGUAACGGUGUCCUGGAAGGGAUUCGAAUCUGCAGGAAAGGAUUUCCUAACAAGUUAUUAUAUGGGGAUUUUAAACAAAGAUACCGCCUCCUGAAUGCCAGCGUCAUUCCAGAAGGACAGUUUAUUGAUAGCAAGAAGGCGUGUGAAAAGUUGCUGUCUUCCAUUGAGAUAGAUCACACUCAGUACAAACUUGGACACACCAAGGUGUUCUUCAAGGCAGGUUUGCUAGGUGUCUUGGAAGAGAUGCGAGAUGAUUGCUUAGGAAAACUCAUCACAAAGACACAGGCUCUGUGCAGGGGCUACCUCAGGAGACUUGAAUUCAAAAGAAUGUUCAACCAGAGGGAGUCCAUCUGCUGCAUCCAGUACAACAUCCGCGCGUUCAUGAAGGUCAAGCACUGGCCCUGGAUGAAGUUGUACUUCAAGAUGAAACCUCUCUUAAAAAGUGUGGAAACGGAGAAGGAAAUGGCCACAAUGAAGGAAGAGUUUCAGAGAACGAAAGAAGAACUGACUAGAUCAGAAACCAAGAGGAAAGAACUGGAAGAAAAGAUGGUGACUGUGGUGCAAGAGAAAAAGGACCUGCAGCUGCAAGUACAGAUUGAAAGUGAAAAUUUGGCUGAUGCUGAAGAAAGAUGUGACCAGCUGAUCAAAGCAAAAUGCCAGCUGGACAUAAGAAUGAAGGAGUUAAUAGAAAAACUGGAUGAUGAAGGGGAGAUAAAGGCUGAUCUGUCUGCCAUAAAGACGAAGCUGGAGGAUGAAUGCUCUGAGCUGAAGAAAGAUAUUGAUGACCUGGAGUUAACAUUGGCCAAGGCUGAAAAGGAAAAACAUGCCACAGAAAACAAGGUUAAAAAUCUGACUGAAGACACAAAAAGUUUGGAUGAGACAAUUGUGAAGUUAAUCAAGGAGAAGAAAGCACUGCAAGAAGCCCACCAGCAGGCACUGGAUGACCUGCAAAUUGAGGAGGACAAAGUUAAUACUCUCACCAAAGCCAGGAUCAAGCUGGAGCAACAAGUGAACCAUGUUGAGGGAUCUUUAGAACAGGAAAGAAAAGCUUGUAUGGACAUUGAACGAGUGAAAAAGAAGUUUGAGGGAGACUUGAAACUUGCGCAGGAAACUGUAGUGGAUCUGGAGAAUGAUAAACAACAUUUAGAUGAAAAACUAAGGAAGAGGGACUUUGAAUUUAACCAGAUGCAAAAUAAAAUUGAGGAACAGCAGAAUUCGGGUAUUCAAUUGCAGAAGAAGAUCAGAGAAUUGCAGGCCCGUGUUGCAGAGCUGGAAGAGGAGACCACGAGUGAGAAAGCAAUGCGGGCCAAAGCAGAGAAGCAUUGUGAUGAGCUGGCUCAUGAACUUGAGGACAUCAGUGGAAGACUUGAAGAGACUGGAGGAGCCACCAGCGCUCAGUCUGAACUCAGCAAGAAGCGUGAGGCAGAGUUUCAGAAGAUGCGUCGCGACCUGGAAGAGGCCACGCUGCAGCACGAAGCCACGGCUGCCGCCCUGCGCAAGAAGCACGCGGACAGCACAGCUGAGCUUGGGGAGCAGAUCGACAACCUGCAGCGAGUGAAGCAGAAGCUGGAGAAGGAGAAGAGCGAGCUGAAGAUGGAGAUAAGCAACUUGGCCAGUAGUACAGAGACCAUUACUAAGUCCAAGGCUAAUCUGGAAAAAAUGUACCGCACCCUGGAAGACCAGAUGAGAGAUAUGAAAGCCAAAUUUGAAGAAAACCAGAGAAAUGUGAAUGAGAUGGUUAUACAAAAGGCUCAGCUCCAGACGGAGUCUGGUGAACUGAGCCGUCAACUCGAAGAGAAAGAAACCGUAACAUUGCAACUGUCCAGAAGCAAACAGGCAAUUGCACAGCAAGUAGAAGAACUUAAAAGGCAGCUAGAGGAAGAGAUGAAGGCCAAGAACGCCCUGGCCCACGCCCUGCAGUCUGCUCGCCACGACUGUGACUUGCUCCGGGAACAAUAUGAGGAGGAGCAGGAAGCCAAGGGGGAGCUGCAGCGUGCGCUGUCCAAGGCCAACAGCGAAGUGGCCCAGUGGAGAACCAAAUACGAGACUGACGCUAUUCAGCGCACGGAGGAGCUGGAGGAGGCCAAGAAAAAACUCACUCAGCAUCUCCAGGAAGCAGCACAGCAGGCAGAGACUGUGAAUUCAAAGUGUGCCUUCUUGGAGAAGACGAAUUUGCAGUUGCAGGGAGAAGUGGAGGAUGUGACAGUGGAUGCAGAGAGAGCAAACACAUUGGCAGCUGCUCUUGGCAGGAAACAGCAGAACUUUGAUAAGGUUGUGGCAGAAUGGAAGAGAAAGUAUGAAGAGAGCCAGCUGGAGCGGGAAGCUCUCUCUAAAGAAUUGCGCUCGCUGAACACAGAGCGCUUCAAAGUGAAAAAUGCCUAUGAGGAAACCUUAGAUCAGCUUGAAACAAUCACACGGGAAAACAAGACUCUCAAGCAGGAAAUAGCUGAUCUGACUGAACAAGUUACUGAAAAUGGCAAAAUGAUCAGAGACCUUGAGAAAGCCAAAAAGCAAGCGGCAGCAGAAAAAUCUGAGCUGCGGUUUGCUCUGGAAGAGGCUGAGGCAUCUCUGGAGCAUGAAGAGGUCAAAAUCCUUGGUGUCAACCAAGAACUGACUCAGAUUAAAUCAGAAAUCAACAGAAAGAUUGCUGAGAAAGAUGAGGAGAUCAGCCAGCUAAAAAAGAACCAUCAAAGGACUGUAGAGACGAUGCAGGGUGUUUUGGAUGCUGAGAUCAGGAGCAAAAGUGAAUCCUUAAAGCUGAAGAAGAAGAUGGAGGGAGACCUGAAUGAAAUGGAGAUGCAGCUGAGCCAUGGCAACCGCGUGGCUGCUGAGGCACAGAAACACCUGCACAGCAUCCAGGAAGUUCUCAAGGACACGCAGCUGCACUUGGACGAUGCUCUGAGGACACAGGAGGACCUGAAGGAGCAGGUGGCCAUGGUGGAGCGCAGAGCAAACCUGUUGCAGGCUGAAGUUGAGGAGCUACGGGCUGCUCUGGAGCAGACAGAGCGUUCGAGGAAACUGGCUGAGCAGGAGCUUCUGGAUGCCACCGAACGUGUGCAGCUCCUCCAUACCCAGAGCACCAGCCUUUUUAAUACAAAGAAGAAGCUUGAAACUGAUAUGGCCCAAAUGCAAACUGAGAUGGAAGAUAUUACUAAUGAAACAAAAAGUGCUGAAGAAAGAGAACAGAAGGCAAUCACUGAUGCAGCCAUGAUGGCAGAAAAGCUGAAGAAGGAGCAGGAUACCAGCGCCCACCUGGAGAGGAUGAAGAGAAACCUGGACCAGACGGUGAAGGACCUGCAGCACCGUCUGGAUGAGGCUGAGCAGUUGGCCCUGAAGGGAGGCAAGAAGCAAAUCCAGAAGCUGGAGGCCAGGAUCCGAGAGUUAGAAGCUGAGCUGGAAGAAGAACAUAAACAAUCUGCAGAGGCCGUGAAAAACGUGCGCAAAUAUGAACGGCGUGUCAAAGAGCUUACUUUUCAGAAUGAAGAAAAUAGGAAGAACAUGAUGAGGUUACAAGAUCUGGUAGAUAAACUGCAAAUGAAAAUCAAAACCUACAAAAGACAAGCUGAAGAAGCUGAUGAACAAGCCAAUACUAAUCUCUCCAAAUUCAGAAAAACACAGCAUAAGCUAGAAGAGGCUGAGGAAAGGGCAGGUAUUGCUGAGAGUCAAGUAAACAAGCUCAAAGCUAAAACCCGAGAAGUCCCUUCUGCAAAGGUAAGCCUUUAUUGCAGGAGGCAGCUGUGCAGUUCAUACUGUUUGCUCAAGCAAGUCAAGCGGUAGAUUUGUGCCUCGCUGGUGGGUAUAGCCAUGAUUCAGAAAGGACACUUCUGGAAGGAAGAGACUUUGAAGAAAGGCUGAGAGAGUUGGGACUGUUCAGCCUGGCGGAGACUUCGAGGAGGCCUUUCAAUAUAUAAAGGGUGCUUAGGAAGACAGAGGAAGUCAGGGCCUGUUGUGAUAGAACAUGGGGCAAUGGUUUUAAACUGAAAGAGGGUAGGUUUAGGUUGGACAUAAGGAAGAAAUAGUUUAUGGUGAGGGUGGUGAGACACUGGAACAAGUUCCCCAGAGAAGCUGUGGAUGCCCCAUCAUUGGAAGUGGUCAAGCUCAGAUUGGACAGGGCUUUGAGCAACCUGAUCUAGUGAAAGAUGUCCCUGACCAUGGAAGGGUGUUGGACAGUAUGAUCUUUGAAGGUCCCUUCCAACCCAAACCAUUCUGUGAUUCUAUGGCAUUUCAGGCUCUGGUGCUGAGCAUGAGCCCUUUGGCUUAUUUGAUCACGUUAGUUUCAGAUUUAAGAAACUGUCUCAUAAAGUGAAAGUAAUGAGAGCCAACCUUACUCUGAACAUUCCUAAAAAAGCUUUUUAUGAGCCUUAGGCAGAAUUAACAGUCUGAUUGAGAAAUAUGCAGCAGCACUGUGUCUUUAGCUGAGCUUCCUGGGCAGUUGUCUAUCUCCAACCCAAGACUGGUACAAGAUCUAGAGCCUGUUUUUCCUGGUGUGAUCUGAGCAGAUGUAGCACCUUUUGACAGCCAUAGUCUGGCUUAGUUUGUGGUUGGAGGUAAAAUACCCCCAGUCCACAUUUUGGAAAAAUUGCUGAUGCCUAGAGCAUGUUUCCAGGAGGUGAAGAACCUUGGCUCCAGGUUGCCUUCUGCUUACCCACAGCAUCCUCUUACACAGCAUUUUAACUGUGGAAGAGAUGCUAUGGAGAACUUCUCCUGAAGGCUCUGGCCUGAGACUCAAUAGACAACGUUGGUUCUGCCAGAGGCUGGUGUGCAGCUUCCAGUGAGUCACUCAAUGCCAUGUAAAGGGCUUUGAUUCCCCAGUACCUGUGAGGUAUCGUGCCAGGAUCCCAGGGGAGCCCUUGGAAGGCUGAAUCCAGGUUCCUGAGCAAGUCUCUGGACAUAAGGUUGCCACACAGAGGGAAUGCUGACUGUCAAAUUGAAUGGAAAGCCCAGGCAGGGGCAAGAUUUCAGGUAUCUCCUAUUGGGUACGCCAAGGUAAAGGCAGGUAGAACAUGCUGACUAUGGGCAACUCUCUCUGCAAUAUGCUAUAGUUUUAGAUAUUGUGAAGUAUAUACGGAGCCUGGGCACCUGGCGCGAAUUCUGGAUUCUGCUCUGUGAGGCGUGAAGAUUGAACGUUGCACUGCCUAAAUCUUUGAAUAGAUCCCAUGGAUUUAUGCAUCCUUUUACUCCCUUACAUGCUUUGCAUUCCCUUUUGGAAACACUGGGAUACCCCUUGUCCUGGAGGACGGGGAUGCAGUUUGUUUAAGCACAGCAACAGUAAAGCACCGGUCUGACCCCAUGACAUGUGGCGAUGUGUGCCCAGGGUUACAGACACUGUGACAUUGACCUGGGCUCCACCUGCACAUCCUGGCUGGAUGGUGCAUCGAGACAGGUGAUUUUAGGGACCAAAAGGCUUAUCUUGAUGUGUGUGGAUUAAACAAAGCUUCUCCUUUCCAGGUGGUGUUAAGAAGUGACAAAUGAGCUUCUUCUGGGAUAACUAGAACGUACACAAAGUAUCUUUCCAGCUGUGGAUUUGCAGUAGCUAGAGCUACACUGGUAGGAAGCAAUCUUCCAUUUGCUUAUGGACACAAACACUGUCACUCUGCUGCUGUACCAGUGUUAAUAAAAUAGAUAUCUGCAACUUAA